AUGGCCACAUGCCCAACUGGAGGAAACAAAACUUCUCCAGAAACCAAGCCACCUGCAAAAGAGGGAGAAGAAAAAUGGAACCGAGCCACAAAGGUGGGUUUACUAAAGAGGGAGAACUGUGUAGCAAGAAGUGAUAAAGCAGGAGGUACACAUCGUUGUUCCCUAGAUAAAGGAUCUAGUUUUGCCUUGAUGGUACACAGAGGCUUGGUGUAUGAGAUUCACAAUGAGGCAAAUAUUCUUGUUCCUCGAAGCAGACUGAAGCCGAAGGAGACAAGCCAUAAACUGGGUGGAUGGAGACAAUCUCGCUCUAGAGGUGAAGUGUCUCCAAAUGCUAGAGUUGAAGCUGCAUUCAAAAAACAAAUGGUCCAUGGACUCAUCAUGACGAUUACAUAG